AUGGAGCGGAGGAUAGCUGGCAUCAUAUACAUUCUGAUCACCUUUGCUUUGGUCAACGAGAUGUCAAUUAACGUCCAAGCCAAAGACAACAAGAGGCGACCUAAAGAAAAAGGUGGUUUUCAGAAAAACAUUUGUGACGUCAGCGAUCGAGAAUCAAAAGUCCAUUGCUACUGUGAGACCAGCAGAGAACCAAAGAAUGCGACCAAAGCGGAAUGUUGGGUUUUCAAUGGCGGCAUACCACGGAACGAUCUCAUCUGGCAAAGUUUCGCAUCACAACCAACUUUAAAAACUUUGUCGUUCAAUGUCCGCGUCGAUGGCGCACUUAGCUACGUUCCGACAGAAGCGCUCCAAUAUUUGAAAAACCUGAAAUCCAUAAACAUUAAAUACGGAACCAUCCCUGAAAUACAAUCUUAUGCUUUCGCAAACUUAACCAAUUUGACCGAAGCGUUGCUUUCGCAAAACGAAAUCGAAUCUUUGCGUCAGUUCGCAUUCGCCCAUUUGCCGAACAUCACCCUGAUAAACUUGGAGGAGAACAUGAUAGUGGAAAUCGGCACUGAUGUGUUUUACAACUUGCCCAAACUCCACAAACUAGUGUUCACAAAGAACAACAUAUCGGCGAUAAGAGACGGCGCAUUCCAACACACGUUCAAUCUACUGGAAUUGGACUUGAACAAAAACAACAUAUUCCAUUUGAACCGUCGUACGUUUGAUGGAUUGGCUAACUUGCGGAAAUUGGAUCUGAGGCGAAACCGCAUUUACAAUUUGACUGAGUUCACAUUCGCUGAGCUGUGGAAUUUGCAAGAGCUGUUGUUAGGGAAAAACGACUUGAAGUAUAUUUCCGAGAGAGCCUUUGAUGGGUUGUCUCAGCUCAAAAAGUUGUCUUUGGAUGAUAAUAAACUGGCUGCGCUCCCAUCGGGGUUAUUCGCUGGAGUAAGGGGGCUCACCUCCCUGGAUUUACGUUCCAACGAACUACACGCAUUAACUUUAGACGACAUCAGACCCAUAUUGGACAACUUGAAGCCGCAGAACAGUAAUUUGCAGCUUGAAGAUAAUAAUUUCGUAUGCGACUGUAGGCUGGAAUGGAUGCACGCACUCCGAAACGAGACAAAAAGCCAAAACACGAAGAUGUCCCUAAACAACGUCACAUGCAAAAUGGAUCCACCCAUAGUCAGCUCUGCUUACAACAAAAUGUCAGAUGUAAUUGAAAACAAAAUAGAUUAUAAUCAAGAAAUACUUCAUGCUGGCAUAACAAUAGAAACAUUGAAUGAUAAAAUGAAUGUCACAGAGAAGAAAAUCAUUCAAGAUGAUUUCAAAGAUGAAUCGAACGAUAUAAAUAGUCCGAAAAAGGCUGUUAAAAGAAACGUUCUAAAAAUACCACCUGGAACACUACCUUGUCCGAGGGAUAAUGUGAAGACAACAGAAAUGCCGCAGUUAGUUAUAGAUCCUGUAGUUCCAAUACAAAACGAAAUGAAGACUUUUAGAUUACGCGAUUCGAACGCGGCAAACUCAAAUUUGAGGUACAACUUAGUGUUAUAUUGCUUUGCGUUUUUCUUUACUUAG